AUGGAGCCGAGAUUAAACUGCUCUGACCUAUGCGAUGGCAGCUCCAGUUUCAGCAGCCAGGAGCAGCAGCAAAGGACUCUGCAGGAGCUCUGCACCGUAACAGUCACAUUUUCUGACCGCAGUGGAAAGAGUUCCCCAUCCUUCUCUGCUGCUCUCUUGGGAGUUGUGUGGACAUUCCUGACAGGAGGAGUCCUUCUAGCCCUCUUCUUUCUCAUGUUCACAAUUCGCUUCAGGAAAAACAGGAUUGUGAAGAUGUCCAGCCCCAAUCUGAACAUUGUGACCCUGCUGGGCAGUGGCUUGACUUACUCUAGUGCUUACCUCUUCGGGAUUCAGGAGCAGAGUCUGCUGUCUGGAGACUCGGUGGAAAUGCUUAUUCAGGUGCGGCUCUGCUUGCUGUGUAUUGGGAGCUCCCUGGUGUUUGGACCCAUCUUGGGCAAAAGCUGGCGGCUCUACAAAGUGUUCACCCAGCGGGUGCCGGACAAGCGGGUGAUUAUCAAAGAUCUUCAGUUGCUGGCAAUGGUGGCAGCACUGGUGCUGGCGGAUGCGGUGUUGCUCCUGACGUGGGUAUUCUCUGAUCCAAUCCAGUGUUUCCGAAGCCUCAGCGUCUCAUUGCGGGUGACAGAAAAGGGCAUAACCUGUUCAGUGAGCCGGAUGCAGUCCUGCGCCUCUCUUUACUCUGAUCUUUGGCUCAUUCUUAUUUUAGGAUUUAAGAUUAUCCUGUUGCUGUAUGGGACGUACUUGGCUGGACUGACCGACAAUGUCAGCUCUCCACCAGUCAACCAGUCCUUGACGCUCAUCGUUGGAGUCAACCUCAUUUUCUUGGCUGCUGGGACUGUCUUCUUAAUUCAUCGUUUCUUCUAUGCUUGGCACAACUUGCUGUUUGGUUUCACUUCUGGAGGCAUUUUUGUGUGUACAACGACAAUCAAUUGUUUCAUUUUUGUCCCACAGCUCCAGCAGUGGAAAGCUUUUGAAGAGGAAAACCAAACUGUGAGCCACAUGGCCAAGUAUUUCACCAGCCCGAGCCGGAGCUGCCACUCAGCGUGCAGUGCGGAGCAGCUCUGCCAGCAGAUGGGGGAGAAGAGCUCCAUGCAGCGGCUGCUCUUGGAGAAAAAUGCUGUGAUCGAAAGCCUCCAGGAGCAGGUGAACAACGCCAAAGAGAAGCUGAUGAGGCUGAUGACUGCGGAGUAUGGCUGUGGUCCCGCAGCUGGGGCAGCUCCGUGUGCCACCUUCUCCGCCUGGUCCCAGAGUGCAAGGGAGCAUGGUGAGCAGCAUGGCGGCACCGCAGCAGGGGACAGGGUGCCUCUGCAGCACUGCCCCACUGAGCAGAACGAGUGGCAAUCUCCCAGUUUAUUGAACGCACAAUGCAAUCUGGUGCCUUGUAGCAAGCUUGAGUGCAAUGGUGACAUUGAGGAUAUCCAGAAACAUGUGAGCCAUGAGCAUGCACCGCCUGAGGAGCCUGCUUGUUCUCAGAUGCUGCUUUUUGACAUGGAGGAGGACAUCCCUGAAUACAGCCCCACAAGUACUCAGGAGCGAAGGAUGUCCCCAAGGACUGGACACCCUUUGCAGCAGCUGCCAGGCCAGGAGCUCUCAGCUGCUUGCAGAGGAGCAGAGCUCCAGGAAAGUGAUGGGAUGACCAGGGCACAGUCUGCCAGGGUCAAUUAUGUGAGCAGUGAAAAGCUGCAGGAAAUCUUGCAAGAGCUAAGCUUAGAUGGCAAAAUCAACAGCCUGGCCUCACCUCAGGGCCCCUGGCGAAGCAGCCAGGGUUCUCCAUGUGAGAGGAAUGGAGCACGGAGAGCCCAGGGAUACUACCCAGACAUCUGCUCUCCCCUCAGUCUCGAUCUGAUGAGGCAGCGAAGGAAGAUCCCUCUGCCUCUCCCUUCUGCCUGCUUUCCUGGGUCCAUGUCCCCCCGUACUUGGUGUGUUGUGAACAAGGCGGUGAGCAGGAUGCGUGGUGGACUAAGCACUCGGAGCCAUGAGGAGUCAACACACGUCUCUCCGGAGGAAGGAGGUGAUACAGGUGGCAGAAGGCUCCUUUACCAGCUGGUCCCCUCUCCUUCAGCCAUCAGCACUGAGCUUUGCCUCCAGUCAGAAGAACGGCAGGGCUGGCAUGAGCCCCAAAUCCAGGAGGUGGGCAGUGCAGUUCCAGUGGUAUGUCCAGGCACUGACCAAGAGCAGACCCACGAUGCCUUCUUGCAUCUCCUCCCACCACAGCAGGAUAUUCCAAGGGAGCCAGCGCAGCCCUUCCCGCACUCGCCAUGCUAUUAUCCAGACUCUGACAGCAGCAGCAGCUCUGAGGAGAUGUUUCACUGCUGCCACCGGCCCUACUGUGAGCUCUGCUUCCAGGGCCCACUUGACUCUCUUGACAGCAGUAGCACAGACACGGACACGGAGCCAGGCAGGUCUUUUGGCCGCUGGGCAGGGCAUCGCGGCAAGCCUCAGCCCAUAGUGAAUUUCAAAGAAGAUCUGAAACCCACGUUUGUGUGACUGUAACCACCCUACCCCAAAGGCAAGUGCCACCCUCCCCUCCCAAAACACACUAUGUUUAAAAUGAUACAAAAGAAAUACAUCCCUUUGAGGGAAGUGCGUUGUGCUGGGAUCUAGGCGUAGGAAACCAAUCCUGCGCCUCUCUAGGCUGCUAUUUGAGACCCAGCCUUGGUCAGCAGUGACUGCAGAUUGUGUUUGUCCAAUAGCGGGUUAGCAGCACUCUGAGAACGUGGACGGUGGUUUUGUCCUGGUCACUCUGAACAGCUGCCUGCGUCCCAUAGCCUUUCCCAGUCCUGGUGUCAGCUGCCCUAGCAGAAAGGCGGGGAAUUGGUCAGACCCCAGAGCUGGACUUCCUCUCCAUCCAUUCCUCCAGGUAUGCCACCUGGGAGCUGGGUGAUUCGUGCCCACAAGGAGCAGCACUGCUGCUUAGAAGCUUGUUUCCUUGCUGCACUCAGCAGGCAGACAGAGGACUUCUGUACCCCAAGGCUGUCGCUGUAGAGCCUCCCACCAGCACUACAUCCAGCUGGAGGCUGGAAAUGAGCAGACUGCUGGAGAGCUUGCAGUCUGCUGCUAGCCUGGGAUGUGGUAGUCUCUCAGCAGAGGAAGGACCUACAAGUGGGGAGCACCUGCAAGACUUCCUGCUGCGUUUUUUUUUUUUCUUUCUUUCUUUCUUUUUGUAGUGUCUGAGUGAGAAAAUGGAGUCCAAAGGUGACUUCUCUGGAGGUGACUUAGCAUUUUGUGUAGUUCAGUCACACAGUGGUAGGUUAGACUCAGGGCAGAGCUGAAGGGAAAGAAAAGCUAACAAUCUGAAAAGAGGUUCUGCAAAUAGGGUUUUUUUUGUUUGUUUGUUUUGCCUAUUUUUUUUUCUGGGGCUUGUGCCCUUCUGUAUGUCUUUGUGGUGGAUGAAGUAGUCUGGAAUGAUUUAGAUUUGUUUA